AUGCUUACAGUGCAAAUCUAUGUGCUCCCCAAGCCCCUCAUCACUUGGGAGAAGAACAAGGUCCCCGAUGGCACGGACGAGGAGAGGUGCACGCGGCUGCCCAAGAGGGUGCUGCAGACAACCGGCCUUCGAUCCAAGGACAGCGGCGUCUUCACCGUGACAGGCUUGGGCUCCGGGGCCUGCAAGGAGCCUGCAGUCCUCGUGGGGCCUGAGAGCCUCACCCUGACUCUGCACCAGGCUGCAGUGCCUGUGUGUGUUACAGCGCCCGUUGUGCCCUGGAGUCCUCUGCAUGAACACCCCCUCGGGGUGGAGGGCAUCCAGGUGCCAGGAGUGGGGACGUCAUUGUCUCAGACGUGA